AUGAAUAGAAAAGCAGAAAAAAAGUAUUUUCAACAAAAAAUAUGGCAAAUGAAUGCACCAUAUUAUUAUGAUGUUUUUAUUGAUUUUUAUACACCACAUCCAACAAUGUCAUUUGAUUGGACAAGACAGAAAACAAUAAACAAUAAUUGUAUUGAACAAGAAUUUGUUUUUGGAACACCAAAUGGGACAGGAAUUGGAGUUGGAAAAGUAAUAUUACCAAAAGAAGAAUGUUUAAUAAGACAAACAGAUUAUUCAAAUGGAAUGAUAGGAUAUUAUGAAAUUGAAUCAUCUCUUUCAAAAAUGAAAUUAGAAAAAAUGAUUCAAUUUGGAGGAGAUUGUAAUAGAAUUAGAUUUAUUCCAUCAACUUCAUUUAUAAUUAUACAACAAAGUUUUCUUUUAACAAAUUCAGAAAAAGCAUUUAUUCAAUUAAUUGAUAUUGAAAAUAAUUCAAUAUCAAUAGUUGGAAAUCAAGAAACAGAUGGAUAUGGAAUAAGUAUAAAUAUGUUUGAACGGAAUAAAAUAGUUACUUGUUCUAAUAAAGGAAAUUGUUAUUUUUGGGAUUUAAAUGAAUUAAAACAAAUUAAAAAUAUUAAAAUUGAAAAUGAAAUUUCAGUUAAUGAUAUUGAUUGGAAUUAUUUAAAUUCUCAAGUUAUUUGUGUUACUGAAUCAAAUCAAAUUGUUUUUAUUGAUGAUAAAUCUUUAAAUAAAACUUAUUAUAAUGGUGGUUCAGUUAUGAAUACUUGUUGUUUUUCUCCUUUAACACCUAAUUUAUUAGCAACUGGUCAUGAAAAAGGUUUAGUGAAAUUAUGGGAUCAAAGAAAUAUGUCUUCUCCUUUAUUUGUUAUUCAUCAACAUAAAUCUUCUCAUAAAUCUAAUUCAGUAAAUUCUCUUCAAUUCUCUCCACAUCAACCAACUCUUUUAUUAUCUACUUCAUCAGAUAAAACAGUUAAUAUUUAUAAUCUUGCUAAUAUUGGAAAACCUACAGAAUUAUCUGUUUGUUAA